CGAAUCAAAGACAAACUCAUCACAGUCGCAGUCCAGCAGUCCGGCAGUCCAGCAGUGGAGCGCGAGGGGACGCCGCGAAGCAGCACAGCCACACAGCCACACUGCCACACUGCCACAGGGCCAACAUGGACACGCACAGGGAAGUGCUGGCCGGCUUGCUGCUGGUGCUGGCCAUGACGGCCAUCCUCAACGUCCCCGCCAGCGCCAUCAAGUUGCCGCCGUACGUGACCGCGUGCUCCCGCUCCGACCCCAAGCUCAACGAGUGCGUGCUGCAGAACGGCAGGAACGCCAUCCCCAUCGUCAUCAAGGGCGACCCCAAGUACCGCGUGCCCAAGCUCAACCCCAUGGUCAUCCCCGAGCUGCAGCUGCAGCAGGGCACCGGCUCCGUGGGGCUCAACAUCACCUGGAAGAACGCGGAGAUCCAUGGCAUCAAGGACACCGAAUUCCUGGACGUCGACAUGAACGUCGAGAAGAGGCACAUCAAAAUGCACUUCUUCCUCCCGAAAGUAAGCAUCACCGGUGCGUACACGGCGACGGGACGAGUACUUCUGCUGCCCGUGACGGGCUCUGGUCCUUCCAACAUCACAGUUGAAAACAUGAAGAUUUCAUAUGAUAUCGAUUGGAAUUUGGUCAAGAAGGCGAAUGGCAAAGAGUACCUGGACGUGACCAACCCAAUGCUGACCCUCCUGGACCUCGGCCAUCUUAGUAUGAAAUUCGAACGCAUUUUCAACGGUGACAAGCUCUUAGGUGAUAACUUGAACACGUUCCUCAACGAGAACUGGAAGGAUCUGGCGAAAGAGUUCGGACCCGGAGUUGCUGACGCGAUUGGACAAGUAUUCGGUUUAGUCCUGAAAAACAUAUGUGACCUCGUGCCGUAUGAUAAUGUGCUCAAGCCUUAAGCUAUCCUUCAGAACACCGCAUUUCAUUCUGUUAAAAUUAUGAGUAUCAAAGCUGUGUACAUUGUUACCUUUCACCCACAAAAAUCAAUAAAAUGAACCUUGUUUAAAUUGA